AUGUCUGGAAAACUAUUUAAUUUUAAUAAGAAAUCAUUCAAGAGUGGAUCAAAGAAUAUAUCUAGUGCUAGUGAUGAUAAUAAAGGCAAUAAGAAGGAAAAUUAUAACAUAAAUGAUAAUAAAUCUAUUAUUACUAAAUCCAUUGUAUCUAGUAAUACAUUAAUUUCAGAUAAAUCAUCAUCUAUAUUUUCUAGAGGAAAAAUUACAUACACUUCAAGUAAAAUAUCGUCUAAUGUAUCCGGUUCGAUACGUCAACAUGAAAAACAAUCUAUAUCAUCAGUAGGUGGUAAUACAUAUAACAAUUUAGGUAAGCCUCUUCGUGUUUUGAAUAACUCAAAUAAGUUUUCAUUAGGUGCUGUAAAAGAGGAAGGACAAAUAAUAGAUUCCAAAGAUCCAGAGGUUAUAUCUCAGCAUGUUGUAGAUAUUGUAUCCUCUAGUAAUAACUGUGAGAAAAGUAAUAAUCUUAAGAAUAGCACAUUCUCGAACCAAAAUAAUUGUAAGUUUAACAUAAAAGAGGCUUCACAGGUCAACAGUUUGACAAAAUCAUGUUAUAAAGAUACAGCAAGUUUACCAGAUGCAGUUAAUACUAUGUCAUCAUCCCUUCAACGACAUCUUUAUAAUCUAGAAAUGAAUUUAGUUGAAUUAGUGGAUGACAUUCAUCAAAAUGUUAUCAGUGUCUCUAAAGCUGUAAUACAGGCAGUCGAAUAUUUCAAGGAUUUUUCUAUGAUUGAUAAAACUUUAAUAUUACAUUCCCCAUCCAUUAUUUCUACAGAGAACUGCUCAAGUUUAAGACAUAUUACAAAAGUAAUAUUACAUUUUUUAGAUAAUUUGCUAAUAUCUGAAGGGUUUGCUAAUUCGAGAUCUGUAUUAUUGAAAAGAUAUAUACAGUUUUUAGAGAUAUUAAAAAUUCAAAUAAAUGAUUAUUCAAUGUCCAUGACUAAAACUUUACCGUAUGUUAAGAAUUUUUGUAUUGAUUUAAAAUAUAAACUACCAAAUAUCGAUAAAAUAGAAAAAAUUAUUCAACAAUUGUUAGAAUCAGAUGAUAGUUUUAUAUCAGAUCAGGAGGGUUCCUUUAUUGCCCCAGUACGAAGAGGACUUUGUUCCUAUGGAUCAAUUUUGAGUAUAGUUUUUGGUGUUCCUAACUUAAAGCAGGAACAUUAUGAGAUGAUUAAGGUAUUAUAUUCUCUAUUUCCUGAUAUUCAUUUGUAUCUUAUUAGAGAUUCUAUUCAAUCAUGUGCUGCAAAAGUGGGCAGUAAUCUUUCUGAAUUAUUUCCUAAAUUGAGGACAUCAAAUGAAGAAAAAAAUUGCUUUCAGUUUUCACCGCCCUAUAUGGUAACAGACUCUUUAUUCCAACCACCAAUAUCUAUGUCCAUUUCAACUACGGGGGAUUCAAAAAUGACUGGUACUCUAGGUGGCUACUUGUUUCCUCAAAUUGAUAAUACGAAUCCUAAAUUUUCUCGGUUUGCUGGUUCUGCUUUUGCUAUUACUAGUGCACAUGUUGUGUUAAGUGAAAAUCAAGAUUAUCCGUAUGUUACUGUACCUUCUAAAGUUCUUCAAAAAACAUAUUCCAAAACAUUAGCUGCAGAAGCUAUGAGAUAUCCAAAGGAUUCAACUGAGAGAUUAGCAUUUCAAAAAGAAGCCAUAAAAGUGAAUAAUGAUAUUAAAUGGCAAGAAGAGAAUAUAUUUGGUCAAGUUGUGUGGGGAGAACGAUCUAUUGUAAACCAGAAACUCUCAGAUUUUGCUAUUAUUAAAGUAAAUCCUAAAUAUAAUGUAAGCAAUUGUUUAAGUAGUGAUUUGAAAUUUGUAAAGGAUCCAACUUUAAAAUUUCAAAAUGCUUAUGUUAAAAAAAAAUGCAUGAAACUAGAUGCAGGACUGAAUGUCUUCAAAAUAGGUGCUUCAAGUAGUUAUACUUCUGGGCAGAUCAAUGGAACAAAAUUAGUAUAUUGGGCAGAUGGUAAAUUGCAAACUAGUGAAUUCGUUGUUGCAUCCCCUUUACCUCUAUUUGCAACAGCCGGAGAUUCUGGUGCAUGGAUUUUGACCAAAUCCGAGGAUUACUUGGGACUGUCUGUGGUCGGCAUGUUACAUUCUUAUGAUGGUAGUCAACAACAAUUCGGUUUGUUCACGCCUAUUAUAGACAUUCUAGAAAGAUUACACGAUGUGACUGGAGUACAGUGGGACAUUGAUUCAUAA